CGGUGCAGCCGGUGCACACAUUCGCCUCGACUACUCGUUGCCAGUUCGCACUGCGGGAUCCAUCGACGCGCGGCAGCGGCUCCAGCCAGCCUUCUGCAAGAUGCGAGUCACGAGGAGCCGGUAAUCGCGUCCCCGUGUCCUUCGUCACCUCGUUUGGCUUCUUUCCUCUCGACCGAUUAGCGGGCCAACGUUCUUCGGCAGCAAGCAUCAUCGGCGAGAUGCGGGGAGCCGGAUGACGCCGCUCGUUGUCGUCCGCGAGACGGCAAUAUGGCGAACAUCAAAGUGGCCGUACGCGUAAGACCAAUAUCUGCUAGGGAAUCAAAGCUGACCGGGUCCCAGGUGGUGGUCCGCUCGGAACUGAACGAGAUCUCCUUGACGAAUCUCAAGGUGUCAUCGAGCAAGGCCGGGGACAGUCGCGAGAGGACGCGAAGGUAUGGUUUCGACUACUGCUUUGACUCGUCGGAUCCCGAAGCGAAGAAUUACGUGACGCAGGCGACGAUCUACCAGACUCUAGGCCAAUCCAUCCUGGACGCGAUGUUCUUAGGAUAUAAUUCUUGCCUGGUGGCUUACGGGCAGAGUGCGUCCGGCAAGACCUACACCAUGAUGGGCACGAAGGAAGAUCCAGGACUCAUCCCACGGUUAUGCGAGGGUCUCUUUUCACGGGUCGAGCAAGAGAACGGUCGCACCUAUCGCGUGACUAUCAGUUAUUUGGAGAUAUAUAACGAGAGAGUGCGGGAUCUCUUGAAACCGUCGGCGACUGUGAGCGGGCUGAAGGUUCGGGAACAUCCUCGACUAGGACCUUAUGUUCAAGGGUUGACGCAUCACGUGGUUCCCACCCUGGGGUCGUUGAUGUCAUACGUGGAGGAAGGUACGAAGGCCAGGAAGACAGCCUCGACCCUUCAGAAUCCUAGCAGCAGUCGUAGUCACGCGUUACUCACCGUCGGUCUCUCGCAGGAGACGGUCAACGGCGAUCGUCUCAGCGAGCGUCUCGGCGGCAGUUCGUCCUGCAGGAGGCAGGACGCCGCUCCGCGCGGCGGCAGCAGGUUGCACCUGGUCGAUCUGGCGGGCAGCGAGAGCGCGGCCACCUGCGGCGGCGUUCAUCGACUGAAGAAAGGAUCAUCGCGCUGUCAGCGUCGUAGAAGCUCGAGGGUCAUCUCUGGCGGUGUUUCUCGUGCGAACGCGAGAGAAGGCGCGAACAUCAACAAGAGCUUGGUGGCUUUGGGGAACGUGAUAUCUGCCCUCGCCGAAAGGGGCUCGACCGGAAGCGGACCCGGCAGAAGAUACAUCCCUUACAGGGAUUCCUCGCUCACUUGGCUGCUGAAGGAUGCACUCGGCGGAAAUGCCACCACCAUUAUGCUCGCCACGAUAUCUCCGGCCAGCGGAAGUUACAACGAGACCGCACACACCCUACGAUUCGCGCAAAGGGCGCAGAGCGUGGUCAACCGACCGGUGGUCAACGAGGAUCCCGUGGCAAGACUUAUCCGCGAGUUGAGGGACGAAGUCGCCAGGCUCAAGUCCUUGUUACUCGAGAAGGAUAUCGACCAGGGGACUAAGAAACCGUGUUGUUGCGGCAAAGUUCAAAGUUCAACGGAUUCGUCGACGAAUCCUCAAUAUUGCGAGGAACAAGACACGCACGACACCUCGCGCCUCCGGGAUCCCGCUUCGAAGAACUAUUGCGCGUUAUCGAAGAAGUCCUUCGACGCAUUGCCGAUCAGGAGGUUCAACUCGAGCGACAGUGUGACGACUUACGAGACCGGUUGUUCGGGAUUCGUCAGAAAGUUCAGCUCCUACGAGUAUUUGCAGUCGACGAACCAUUUCACUGGUAAUUACAACCGGGCGAGAGUCACCGAGUUGAACGACGAAGAGGACGAGGUAGUGGACGAGAUCAACGAGCCGGUCUUCGUGGACAUACCGACGUUGGUGGCGGUGUUGAUCAAGCCGGACGACAGUCUGCAAGAGUCCUCAACGCAGAUAGAGGAGAUUUGUUCUGACGAGGUGCAGGAGGAUUCGAUCGACGCCGACUUCAUUGAAGGCAGCAACGAGGACUUGGACGGAUCAUACAAAAUCGAUGAUGUCGAACUGGACGAUCGUGGCGACGGUUCCGUGAAUUACUGCAGUGCUCUAGAAGACUCGGGGAUCGGUGAGCUGCCGCAGACUCCGUCGAAUCCAGCAUCCGUCGAACGGAGCAGGCCGAAGGGUAAGUUCAGCAAGCAAAACUCUGUCGAUCUACCGUCGUCGAAUCUGAACGUCUCGAGGGAGUUCGGCUCCAUCGAAGGGAUCAGCAAGAAGAAGGAGCCGAUCGUCGCUCUCCAGCGGUCGCACACGAACCUAGAGAAACGUUCAACACUGCCCGACCGAGGCAAGAAGCUCAACAACAUCAGAGAAGUCGACGACCGCAAGGGGAACGUCAAGUUGGCCAGCAUCUGGAAGGCAAUCGGCAGUGUCGGCAGCAAAGAUCAGCUGCAAAGAAAGAGCAGCAACGACUCUGACAAGAGCCUGAAGGAUUCUAUCAGCGGGAAGAGCAGCAACAGUAACAACAACAUCUAUAGAAAACCGAGUUUGGAGAAUCUGAAAAGGAAGACCAGCAAGGACAGCAGUUCCAGCAGUUCUAAGGAAGAGCAGAUCCUAAUCUCGAGCUUGACGCGCGACAAACUAUUGCGCAGGAAGAGUUCCUUGGAACAGGAAGCGAUAGCUAGGCCGCACACGGCGAUCCAGCGAGUGAAGCGUGCCGAGAUCGUAGCAGCCGUCACUGAACGACUUUACUCCAGCAGGAAGCACACGGAGGAGACCAACAACAUGGCGACCAAUAGUGGCAAUACGUCGGGCACACGUUCCCCGCCAGAGGGCACCGACAUGAAGAUACCCAACAGCAGCAGCAGCAGUAGCGGCUUCGCCGCGAGAACGAAGCUCCAGGAGAUUUCGCGGAAGAUGCUGUUGAAGCGACGUAGGAUCAACGUGGAGACGCAAACGGAGACGGCGUCGACAUUACGUUUUAAGGACACUGCGAGCCUCACGGAUGAACCCAAGGUAGUGCUUCAAGACGUGGGGGUGCUCACGGACGACCACACGAACUGCGAAGGGUCACCAACGACCACGAUGGAUUACCGAAUGCCGGUUUUGCGAGUGAAGGAUAUCGCCACGUUGACGGACCGACCACGGACUAACAUCUAUCGUUGCAAGGACGCCGAGAGCUUGGUGAAUGACCUGGAGUUCAAGGACACUAAGCAGCCGCUUCAGCGUUCUCCGCGAAACGACUCCGUUAUACUGUCCGACGACACACAGAAUUAUGCGAAGAGCAAUCAGUCUGAGAGUGCCGAGGUAUCUGAGUUUUACCCAGAGGGUGACAAGAAAGCGCCGUGCGCGGACAGUUGGACCAACACCUUCGUCUCGUCGCCUUCAAGGAACUCGGCCGCGCAGACAGUGAUGUGCCAAGAGGCGGUCCACCAGCGGAAGGAUACUGGAUGUGGGAUACAGUGCUGUAGUUUGACACCGGCGAACAAUCCCGAAAAGAACGUCAUCUCGAUAUCCUUACCGGAUAUGAUCAACAUAACGAUCGAGAGCACGAACGGUUUGGAGUCCAGAAUUGCCGUGAUGGAUGGCGGCGAUCUCGUGGAGGAGAAACCGAAACCCGUCUCUAGUGACAAAGAGUCUCAGACGGAUAAGCAAGUGAAACACCAAGUUGAGGGAUCCUUUUUGGAGGACCUCUCGGUCAGAUCGACGGCUAUUCAGGCGGACGGCAGGAUUUUUAGAAUCGAGAAUAUCUUCCAAGACCCGAGGAGUAAGAGCUCCUCCGAUGCGGCUUUCGAUCUGAGAAAGGAUACCGCGAUAAAAAAGUCGGUGACUUUCAGAAACUCGUUAGGCACUUCUUCUAUCAUCGAAAUGAAGGAGAACGGCACGGAGAUGGAGUGGGAUAAGAUGUAUCUUCAGCAUUCUGGACAGAAGAAACGAUCGAUUUUCAAGGACGGCUUGACGCGGGCCUUCAUCGCGAGAAGACGCAGCUACAGCUUGAGCCCCAGAAGACCGGCGUACAGGCUCGUCCGUCACGAACUCUGGAAGAACUGGACUCUACCGUGUCCGGGAAAGUCGCCAGGCCUCGUUGGCUACAGUAGAGAAAUGGUCGACACUGAUCUGAGAUCAGUUGAUGAUCGGUCUUCUUCCGCGAUAAACGACGAAUGUACUUCCGACGAUAAAAUUGUGGAAGAUACGAGCCGUCAUUCAUUCUGUCAAACUGCCAGCAAUUUCGAGGACUCGAAGAAACUGGAAUCCGUCCCGAUAAAGUCUCUAUUGGAUUAUGAUCAUAAUUUUUCCGACGACAGUCUCGAUUACGAGGAAGACAACGUCGCCAGGGAAGCGAGCGAUGCGAAACUCACGGAUUCGCAUGAAAGUUACGAAAACCUCUGUCCCCCCGAUGUAGUUGCACACACGAAGAAGGAAACUUCGAAACCCGCGAGUCACGUAGACGCGAUUAAUGCGCAGUCCUCGAUGGACGACGAUUUCGACAUCACCGAGGUGGAGUUGCCAAAGAAGAAACCUGCCGAAGCAUCGAGCCAGAAUCCAAUACACGACUAUAAGUCGCUGAUUCUCGGGUCGUUCUCAUAUGUCGUGGACAAUGACUCUGAAGAAGGAAUCAGCGCUGAAAUACCAGGCGUGUGUGACAAUAUCAAUAAGAAGAAGGUGUCUUUUUCGGAUCCCAGCAGCCCGGAGGAGAUAAAGGACAUCGUGUCUAAUCCCAAAGCCUUGGUAAAACCGAAGCAGAUGAUCUUGAAGUCUAUCAUCAAGAAGAUGAAGAAAAAGAAAUCAGGCGCGGCUGAAAGCUUGGACGUCGUGCGGUCGAACGUCGAGAUUGAUCAAUCUUCGCAGCGAAAAAAGUUGGAGUUAACGAUAAAUGAGAAAGUCCCGUCUGUUGCGAGAGAGAACGAAGACCUCGAAAACUCCAAGGAACAGUCAAGCGAUAAGAAGGUGGAGUUCUCCAACGAAGACAGUCUUGAGGAGAUCUACAGUGAGUCGGACAGCGUGAUCAGCGAGGACGAGGACGAGGCCGGUUUUCGCGCGGCGUCCAGGAGAAAUAUACUCGAGGAGUACCUGAACGAGGCGAUGACCUUCAUGCGCAACAUGAACUCUAUAAACGAGUACAUGAGUGCCACGAACAUGUUGGAAAAUUAUGGGAAAUGUCGUAGGAGGCGAAGGGACCGUCAGAGGCGUGAUCACAAGGAUUACACGAAAUCACGAGGACGCAGAGAGAUUCCGAAGGACGACGCCGACAAGCAUCUGAAACCAGACGACAACAACGAUGAUUACGAUGAAGUCGUCCGUGUCGAGUCUUACGACAAGUGUCUGAAGGGUAUUGAGAGGUUGGAGGCCUGCAUCGACAAAGUCAGCGAGCAUAACCGGCUCCUCCGCGACAAAUACGGUAUCGACGUCGAGUCUGCUGGCGCUAAAUCGGGUUUAGCGAGUCCCAGCGUAGAUUCCAGGAGAACGUUCGCCGUAAGCAAGGACGAUAAGAUUUGUCAACGUGAGGACGUGAUUCCCGAGGACGACGUCAACGUAUUAGGCCCUUCCAAGGUCUCCUCGUCCUUUUUGUCUUCCAAUCGAGCUGACGUCGUGAAGCGGUCCGACUUGAACGAGAGAGAAAGGCAGGGAGUCGUCGAAGUUGAUAAGGGUGAUCCUAACGACGUGAAAAACAACAAUCUCAAGUCGCGGAAUGAUCUCGAGCACAGAAUUUUCGACCAGCUGAUGGACGCGGCCGAUUCCAGCAGCUAUUGGUAUUGGAGUCUGACGAGACCCCGACAGAGACGUCUUUGGAAGAUUUCCGAUACUAGGGCGCGGAGUCCGACGACUUGCUCGAAAUUUCGGCAAACUUUCUGCCAAAACACUCGUGGAGCCUUUGAUUUCCAUGAAAUCCCGCAGGAUUAUCUUGGCGGAAUCGAGAGUAGUCCGCGAGACUUUAGGAAAACAAAGCUCUCGGGACCAACGGAAAACGUCGGAUCGACUUGGACAUCGACCGAGUCUGAGAUCGAUCCUGCUGAAUAUCGCGAUUGCGACAAGCCAUCAGCGGAAAACAGAGAUCAGUUAGUGGACAUUAAAAUGUCAAACGAGCCUACGAUUUUGAACACAAAGCUGGAAUAUCUCGAUUCUUUGACGGAUCCUGCGAGUUUUCCUGUCGAGGCAGGACGAAUGUUCCGCGAAGAGGACGAAAUUACGACGAAGAACACGGGAUCAAAGGAUAGCCUGAGGAUCGACUCGAUGAAUCACAAAUUCGGACCUCCGAGCGUAGAAUUGAAGUAUCCCGGAAGUCCGAGGGCGAAGUUCCUGGAACUUCUAAAGGAGAGGAGGCGAAUCGUUGAGAACAGCAGAGGUACAAGCGCGUUUUGAACCGUCACACCCGUUAUAAAUAGUAAAUCUAUAUUUUUUACGUAUAUAUUUUUGGUAUGUUAAAUAUCACGUUGAAAAGGAGGAGAGUCGAACGAUCUACAAUUAAGCGCAGAGGUUUAUUGUAAAUGAAGGGAAACUUGUGUAAAUAACAGCAACGUAAUAUAACAACAUUGUAAAUAAUGGCAUUCUCAUAACGUUUCCAUAAAAUUGCCAUAAAUUUAUUAAUUCAUUAGUGAUUUGUUUUCAGCACAUACAUUUAGCGCGCGUUAAUGACUGUAUCGGUAAUUAUGCGCGAAGCGCAUCCUAGCUCGCGGAAAUACACAUUAACGUUUUAAUUGAACGUCGUUUGUCAACACUGUUUUUCCGUAUUUAAUGUUUGCAAAUGCUUGCCGAAAUUUUUCACGUUUUGUUUCCGAUGAUCGAUAUUCGAUCACGACGUAUCGAUACUUGCACAUAUGUGACAUGUAUAAUUUACGAUGUUUAAAAAUGUUUGUAUUAAGGGAUCAUUAACGUUCACUAUAUGCUUGGAUUAAUUUGAGAUUACCGCAUCUUAUAUAUUAAACAAUUGUCCUUUAAAUGGUAUUCAGAAGGAUAUACAUGCAAGUGUUCCAAUUUGAAUGGGCUUGAAAUAUGUUGCAAUCCAGACUAAAAUAAGGAACACAUAUUUUUUUAUACGUAUCUAAUCGGACUCUUAGGAAAACACCUCUUUGAAAAAAAUCGGUUUUUUUCUUUUUGAGUAUACAUCGACAAAAGUAUAAGAGAUAGAAAAAAAUCUUUUAAAUAAAAAUUAAACGAUUUUAAGUGUACUUUAUAAUAACAUAACCACUUCUUUUUAAUGUUAUAAUUUUCAAUAUACUGCCACCACUCACAAAUUUUUUUUAGAAUAAAAGAAUUUAAUGCCUACCAAAAGGUAAAAAAUAUAUUUUAUAAUGAAUCUAACUACAUAUAACAAUGUCAUUUUUCGACAUACGGACUUUUCGAAAAAUAGGUGAAAAUAUCUCUGUAUAUCCAUAACGCUAUCCGUAACCGUCUAUCUCACUCGAUAAUAUGUAACCAUAAAACAUUUCAAUAUAUAACAACGUUAAUAAUAACAAUAAUAGAUUUAUACACAAUAGUUAUAUAUUCUUAUACUUUAUAUAUAUAUAUAUAUAUAUAUAUAUAUAUAUAUAUAUAUAUAUAUACACGCUCCAUAAAAGUAAAAUUUAUGACAAAUUUAUAUAUAUAUUUUUGUGUUUGACGUUCAAAUAUUAUGACAGAAACGAUACAUGAGUUUCAAAAUCGAUCAUGUUUAUUAACGCGAAGUUUCCACUGAAUCUAUAACAUAUUGAAAAUGCCGCAUUAAAGAAAUUAUAGGUUGCUUAAUUGCAUCUAAUAUAAUGUUAAUAACGUAAUUAUUCAUAUACGCAUAUUCAUAUAAAUACACAUCUUCAAUCGUGAAAGCCGAUAAGACGUUGUAUCUUCGUAUUAUUGUUAUAUCUCCUUUCCUUCCUGUUUACUUUGAGUCAUAGAUCUAAUAGAAGCUUAAUAACAAGUUUCAUUGACGUUAGAGUUGUUAUAUGAGAUAUUUAAAGUGCUGGAAAACGGUCAGUUUGUGCGACGCAAAUCAUGAGUAAGCAUGUGUAGGGAUACACAUGAGAGAUGUUAUAUAUAAGCAAUAAUAUAAGAACUGGUGUCGCAGAAAGAACUGACUUGUAAAGUCAGCGCUUAAUAAUUAAUGAAGCAUAAGGCCAUGAUUCGCGAUAUGAUGUUUAAUAGUAAUUAAAGGAAAAUCGUAGUGUUUCACAUUGAAAAUAAACUCACAUCUCUGAGCUCAUCCUCAUGUUUGAGCACAUUCUCGGCUACAUACGUGGCAAUUCAAACAGCAAACAGCAAACUCUGAGAAAAAAAGGAGAAAAGAAGUUUCUCUCUCUCUCUUUCUAUUAUGUCACACUUGCAGUGUAUGUGAGUAUCGCAUAUAUCAUUUCAGAGGCAUUAGAUUUAAAAUCGAAUUUCACGACAACAAUAAAAAAGAUAACAAUAAUUAAAAAUUUAUGAUGACUUCUCUCAAUGAAGGAAGAUUAUAUCAGAAGAGCGGCACGCGGGAAAUGUUCGAGCUUGUCUUUCUAAAGCUUCCCUUCUCUCUCUUUCCCUCUCAUAAACACAAAUGCAUGAGCCAUCCAAUAAGGUGCCUAAAUUGUUGAGAAAACGCGGCGAGCGCGUGAUAACGCGCAUCGUCAUCAAAAACGCAGAGGUCAGGUUGACCACGAAGAGACGAUGCGCAUGCUGAUAAUUGGAAUCGC